AUGGCCAACGAAAUCAAAGUUAUUCUAUACAUGACCGGUAUCCUCGCAACAGGGUACGGUCUUAUGAAGUACACUGUUCCCGAUGAAGAAACCAUGAGAAAGCGUCUCGACCCCGCAUUAAGAAAGGAAUACGAUGAAAGACGAGCAGCCAACCGUGAAAAGGGCCAACAAAUGAUGGACAUGAUGCGUGAAGCAGCAGAAUCAGAUAAACCCGCCUGGAAGAUUGCUAAUGAACAACUUGGCAAGAAAUAG